ACGAUAUAACUUGAUCGGACUACGUGCACGUGGAGGGAAUUUUGAAAGACUUUCACUCGACUACUACUCCUUUCGCUUUCCGCGAUCCUGCUUCACACUCAGGUGCGAUAAUGAUUCGGAGAAGUUGCGUGCGCGUUGUGGCUUUUUAUUUAUUUCUUGAAGUAACUACGAGAUAAUCGUAUAAUUUUAUUUGAUGCGGUAAAAAGCAGUACUUUGCGUGGUUAUCUAUUUAAGGAUUUAGUGUUCGUUAACGUUGGGCGUUGAUUGAAAAGAAAUUGAAAACAGUUUUAUUGGUGAUUCAUGGAUUGCAUAACUUUGGUCGGUGAAAAGCCUUGUUUUGAGUUUGGUGAAAGUGACGGACAUUUCUUUCCGAAAUGGCUUACUUUAGGAGGUUUUUUGUAACUCCGGGGAAUAACUUUCCCUUAUACACCACUUAUUAGCAAGAAUUUAUUGCGGUUUUUUUUGAGAUGGUGGUUACGGCGGUAGUACUCGGUGCCAUAAAAACGGCGACCACUAUAAUCGGUAUUGGCAAAGUAGCGAUUUUGCCGUUUCUGUUAGCUUCGAUGGCUUACUUCCACUACGAUCUCUUCGAUCCCGAAAAUAGACCUGCAACGGUCGACGUUGUCGACGCAGAGUACGACUUCAUCAUUGUCGGUGCUGGUGCUGCAGGAGCGGUACUCGCCAACAGAUUAUCCGAGGUGAAAAAUUGGAAAAUUUUACUGCUAGAAGCCGGUGGACACGAGACUGAAAUAUCUGACGUCCCAUUGUUAAGUAUCUACUUGCAUAAAAGCAAACUCGACUGGGGAUUCAGGACACAACCCCAACCAAGUGCAUGUCAAGCGAUGAAAGACCAUAGAUGUAGUUGGACAAGAGGAAAAGUUCUUGGAGGUUCAACGGUACUAAAUACAAUGCUUUACAUAAGAGGAAAUAGACGUGAUUUCGAUCGAUGGGAAGCGUUAGGAAAUCCCGGAUGGGGAUAUGAUGACGUAUUACCAUACUUCCUUAAGAGUCAAGAUCAAAGAAAUCCUUAUUUAGCCAACAAUACCUAUCACGCAACCGGAGGAUAUCUCACCGUUCAAGAUGGUCCAUAUCACACUCCUAUAGGAAUAGCUUUUCUAGAAGCAGGACAAGAGAUGGGUUACGAUAUAGUCGACAUAAACGGUGCUCAGCAAACCGGAUUUGCUUUGUUUCAAUACACAAUGAGAAGAGCUACAAGAUGUAGUACAUCUAAAGCAUUUCUACGACCAAUCAGAUUACGAGAUAAUCUGCAUAUAUCAACGUUGUCACAUGCGACUAAAGUUCAUAUAGAUCCAAAAACAAAACGAACGUACGGGGUUGAAUUUAUAAAAGAAGGUAGUACGUUUAAUGUGAAAGCUAGGAAAGAAGUUAUUCUUAGUGCUGGUGCUAUUAAUAGUCCUCACCUUUUGAUGUUAUCCGGUGUAGGACCUCGAGACCAAUUAAAUAAAUUUGAAAUACCCGUCAUUGUUGAUUCACCUGGUGUCGGACAAAAUUUGCAAGAUCACAUCGCAGCUGGUGGAGUUACAUUUUUAAUAGACCAUCCUAUUAGCUUAGUUAUUAACAGGUUAGUAAAUUUAAAUACAGCUUUUAGAUACGCUGUAUCGGAAGAUGGUCCAUUAACAUCAAACAUAGGAAUAGAAACUGUUGGUUUUAUAUCAACUAAAUACGCGAAUCAAUCUGAUGAUUGGCCCGAUAUGGAGUUUAUGAUGACGAGUACCUCAACGGGGGCUGAUGGUGGUGUUCAAGUAAAAAGAGCACAUGGUUUAUCAGAUGAAUAUUAUAACGAGGUAUUCGAAGAAAUUAAUUAUAAGGAUCAAUUUGGUAUUUUUCCAAUGAUGUUAAGACCGAGAAGCGUGGGAGAAAUUAGAUUGCAAAGUAAAAAUCCUUUAGUUUAUCCAUUACUUUAUCAUAAUUAUCUAACUGAUUACCAUGACGUAGCCGUGUUAAGAGAAGGAGUUAAAGCAGCCAUAGCUUUAGGUGAAACGGAAGCAAUGAAAAAAUUUGGUGCUCGUUUUCAUCGUACACCGGCGCCAAAUUGCAAACACUUACCUUUAUUCACCGACGAGUAUUGGGAUUGUUUCGUCCGGCAAUACACUUUAUCUAUCUACCAUUAUUCUUGUACGGCGAAAAUGGGACCCAGUACAGACCCUAUGGCGGUGGUCGAUCCGGCAUUAAGAGUAUAUGGGGUAUCUGGACUAAGAGUGAUCGAUGCUUCAAUCAUGCCAUACAUCACCAAUGGCAAUAUUAACGCGCCCGUUAUAAUGAUCGGUGAAAAGGGUGCUGAUUUAAUCAAAGCGGAUUGGCUCAGUAAAAUCGGAUAUUAUAGACCACAAAAAUGAUUCACACAAGGAAAUAAUUUUGUUUAAAAUGAAAAGGUGAAAAUGUUAUUUAUUGUAAAAUUUACUUUUACGAUAUUUCUAGUCGAUGUACGUUUCUAAUUGUCAUAGGUUUUAAGGAUUUUAUAGACCUCAGAGAUUGCUCAUUUUAUAACUUGUAAUAAACAUAAAUGUUAUAA